AGAAAAAAAAAUAAAUAAACAAACUAAUAAAUAAAGAAAAUGAGAAAGUGUAGUUAGGUGCUUAGAAUCUGAUCAAAAUGAUUGUCAUGUCACUAUAAUUGUUAGGAGUUAGUAACAACUUAAAAGACUCAGAAGAGAAAACAAAGAAAGAAAGAAAAGCAAUGGCAUUUGCAGGAACAACUCAGAAAUGUAUGGCUUGUGACAAAACCGUUUACCUUGUUGAUAAGUUGACUGCGGAUAACCGAAUUUUCCACAAAGCUUGCUUCCGCUGCCACCACUGCAAAGGAACUCUCAAGCUGAGCAACUACAACUCUUUUGAGGGAGUUCUUUACUGUAGGCCGCACUUUGAUCAACUUUUCAAGAGAACUGGUAGCCUUGAGAAAAGCUUUGAAGGAACACCAAAAGUUGCUAAACCAGAGAAAAACACUGAUGAGAAACCUGCAGCAGCCAAAGUUUCAAGUAUGUUUGGUGGAACAAGAGAUAAAUGUGCUGGUUGCCAAAAAACUGUGUAUCCAACUGAGAAGGUCACUGUGAAUGGGACUCCUUACCAUAAGAGUUGCUUCAAGUGCUGCCAUGGAGGAUGUGUUAUCAGCCCUUCCAAUUACAUCGCGCACGAGGGAAAGCUCUACUGCAAACACCACCAUGUCCAACUAAUCAAGGAGAAGGGAAACUUGAGUCAGCUAGAAGGUGAUCAUGAGAAGAGUGCAGUGCAAGCAAAAAUCAAUGGCGAAGAAGUCACAGCUGAGACAUAAAAUGCUUCACAAAGGAAAGAGUCUUGAGAGUUUUAUUCCUUUGAUACAGUUUUAUGUUUUCUUCCCCAUAUGUUUCUACUGUGUCUCAUGCUUUACCAGUAUUUUGAGUCCUGGAAAUUGGAAUAUACCUUUACCAGUGAUAAAUAUUGUAUUGCAUUUUUCUAAUCUUGAUGAUCUUCAUUUGCUA